AUGCAACACGAUCUGGCAACAAUAAACAACAAAAUAACUUACGAGCAGCACAGCAUAGUAGCGCUUACAGCUACACCCACGAUGGGGUUAGUAGGAAGCUGCAUUCUCUCUGUAACCGAUGGUGAGCGAGUGUGCAAGUUUUGUUAUGGAGAAGACGAUCAGGGUGGACGUUGGCUACGUCCUUGCAUGUGUAGCGGAUCUCUCAAAUGGGUCCAUCUAAGCUGUUUCGACCGUUGGAUGGAAAAGGCACCUGCUCAACAACAGAUUCAGUGUCAGACUUGUCGGUACGUGUAUGUGAAAACGUGGGUGUUGAAACCUUUCUCGGAGUGGUGUCGACCUGCUAUAAAGCUUUCGGCUUGGGAAUGCAUUGAGAUUUUCCUUGACACGUACUCGACGUAUAAGUUCUUACGCGGAUUUCUCUUGAUGCUAGACGGCCAAAGGUCAAUCGUAGUGCAGUGCCUCCAUUUUCUAUUCUGGCGUGUCUUCAUUGCUACCGAUCGUAGACUGGCGUACUAUACUUCAUUAGGAAGGCAGUUGUUAUCUUCGAUUUUUGAGAUUUCUGUGAAAGAUUUUGUUUCGGAGAAGGAGGGGUCAUCGGAGCUGUCCACCCCAUUUGGUUCUUCAACUUCGGUGAACAUGAGCGCAGUAUGAAAUUGCACUUAAUAAAGGAGCAGGCUGUUCGUUUCAUUGCAUUCGUAAUCCGCGAACCAUGGCUGUUUGUACAGUACGUGUUCCUAUUCGCCUUGGCAUUGGGCAUGUUCACUUUAGUGAUGCAAUAUAAAAUACAGAAGUCUAUCAAAAAGCAAGAAAAGAUCCGAAAACAGAAAGAGAAGAUUCUACGCAAGCUGCAUGGUAGCCGCAGAAAGGCUCUAGAUGAGCACGAAAAUAUGCUAGUCUUGGAGAAGGAAAAGGAUAAGGAUGCGUAAUUUUGACAGAUGGUUUCAUGGUCCUUCAGCAGAAUUCUGGCUUGCGUCAUCUACGCCUCCUGCAGAAUUUUGCUCUCAGGCUCGUAGAUCUUCCCAGAAUUUUUUCCUCAGCUAGAGAGUUUCUUAAGAACUAGAUUUGUGCGCUGCUUAGUCGAUAAAGUAGUAGGCAUAUUUCCUCUACGCACGCUAUGGCAACCAUAUCACCCGCGAAGCGUUUUGUCAACAUCCAGAUUCACUUUCAUUAUUGCGGAGCAGCGCUCAUUUAGAACUAAGAAUGUAGCUAGAAUUUUAUGGUUCACACUUGCAUAUAGUGCGUCCAGUGCUUCAAACAUUUCCCGCGUCAUUUCUCGCGUUUUGCCGCAGUGUUAAAGCUGAAGGCGAGUAAAUAUGUGCAUCAUCUGCGGAUGUGAACCAUUUGCAAGUGGUUCCUUAUCCAUAUUGUCAACCCUGUGCCUGUUUGUUGGGGAUACACCGCCCAACAAGAGCUUUGUCCAGCAUAUCAUUUCUGCUUGAAAUCCCAUAAUCAGACUUAAAAUCAUUUUUUGUUCGCUGACUCGCUUUUCUUGUAUAAAUAGAAUUAUUUUCACUUAAUUGAGGUGAGGCUAGAGAGUUCAAGAACGCUUUACACACAUUGCCUGAACAAGCCUGAACUGUACCCUUUGGCUCCAGAUAGUAAAUCAUCUUAAAUAAAAUGGAUCCAAAUUCGCUUACAGUCAAGCUUGUUCAAACAGUGUGUGCAAAUCGUACUCGAUUCUCUUGAUUUCGGAAUAUUGUAAGCAGCGUAUUUUCUUCACACAUCUCCUUGUAUCAAAUGUACAGUGCAUCAGAUCGUGAUUCGUUGUAUAGAAAUUUGUUGUUUUUAUUGUUUUUUUUUUCAGUGAGAUAGUGCAAUCCAACACUUGCUCCUUUUGAAUGAAACAAAUGCCCAAAAAGCUUCUUAUGUGUUUAUUAACUCACAUUUAUCAACGUUUGUAUUAUUUUCUGAGAUUUUCUAGAUAUCUGAGGUACGAUCUACGCUAAGAGAGGAUUCAAGCAAAAAUUUUCAUGUAAAAUUCUUUCUUCACG